CAUCACACAAAGCCCCUAUUAGAUUAAAUCCACCAUAUUCAAACAGAGCAAAUCAUUAAGCACACAAGCCAUGGAAGACACACUGCUAUACACAAUCCUUUCCCUCAUCACCUUCUUUUUUGCUUUCAAAUUCUUCAUCAAAACUAAAACUCCCCACAAAAACCUCCCACCAAGUCCACCUUCUCUCCCAAUUGUUGGCCACCUCCAUCUCUUGAAACAUCCUGUCCAUCGAACUUACCACCGCCUGUCACAAAAAUACGGCCCCAUUUUCUCUCUCUGGUUAGGUUCCCGCCGCGUGGUCGUAGUAUCGUCGGCCUCGGCGGUGCACGAAUGCUUUACAAAGAAUGACAUCGUCCUUGCCAGCCGUCCUGCCCUGCACAUACGCAAACACCUUACAUGCAACAGCACAGUCAUGACUGUAGCCCCAUACGGCGAUCACUGGCGCAACCUCCGCCGCAUUGGUUCCAUCGAGAUUUUCUCAUCGAGCCGUCUCAACAUGUUCCUAGGCAUUCGAAAGGAUGAAGUGAAGCGAUUAUUGCUUAAGCUUUCUCAAAACUCGGUGCAAAAUUUUAAAAGAGUGGAGAUGAAGUCUUUGCUUUCGGAGCUGACCUUUAACAUCAUCAUGAGAAUGGUUUCCGGAAAACGGUACUACGGCGACGAGGUGUCGGAUGAGGAGGAAGCAAGGCAGUUCAGAGAGAUCAUGAAGGAGAUAACUGCCACUGGUGGAACAUCAAAUCCUGGAGACUUCUUGCCUUUCUUGAAUUGGAUAGGCACUGCUAAUGGUUUAGAAAGCAGGGUAAAGAGGCUUGCAAAGAGGACCGACGAGUUCUUGCAAGGCUUGAUUGAUGAGCAUCGCAAUAGGAAAGAGAGUAGAAACACCAUGAUUGAUCACUUGCUUUCUUUGCAACAAUCGCAGCCUGAAUACUACACUGACCAAAUUAUCAAAGGCUUUAUACUGGUGUUGCUAGGAGCUGGGACUGACACAUCAUCAGUGACAUUAGAAUGGGCAUUGUCCAGUCUACUUAACCAUCCCCAUACGUUGAGGAAAGCUAGACGUGAACUUGAUGAACAAAUUGGGCAACAACGUUUACUGGAUGAACCAGAUGUAUCCAAACUACCAUACCUCCGGAGCAUCAUAUCCGAAACCCUUCGAUUGUACCCAGCAGCACCGUUGCUUCUUCCACAUUACUCUUCCGCGGAUUGUGAAGUCGGCGGAUACGACGUGCCACGCGAUACCAUGGUGUUGAUUAAUGCAUGGGCGAUACAUAGAGACCCUGAGCUGUGGGAAGAUCCAGAAAGUUUUAAACCUGAAAGAUUUGAAGUUGGUGAUCAUCAUGAAGAUCAUGAGCAGGUGCAGAAGCUAUUGCCGUUUGGCAUUGGAAGGAGGGCGUGUCCCGGGUCUGGGCUGGCCCAUCGCGUAAUGAGCUUGACAUUGGGCUCGUUGAUUCAGUGCUUGGAAUGGGAAAGAGUUAGUGAGGAGGAAAUUGACAUGCGUGAAGGAAAAGGGACCACAAUGCCCAAAGCUGUUCCAUUGGAGGCCAGGUGUAAAGCACGUCCUAUUAUGAACCAUUUUCUAUUGGAGUCUACGGACAAAAUUUAGAAAUCAUGUGACUUGCUUUAGAUUUUUAUUUAUUUAAUUAUUUGUGCUUACAAUUGUUUAAGAUAUAGUUUUAUAUUUUUUAUUAUUAUUAUUAUUUUUUAAAGAUUGUUCUGA